AACGAUUUGCCGACCGAGGCGAAACUAGGUGAGAAACGUGUAGCAGGAUUCCUCAACGUGAUCUUGGCAACAGCAACCCUGAGACGCUGCAGUUCUGCAGCCGCGACCGUUACGAUCGUGAAGCAAGCAAUCUCGUGUCAACUGAAUAUGGACCGCCGGGCUGCGUGUCUGGAAGUUGGCAUCUGGGAGAGGGCGGCCGAAACAGAGUGGACAAGAGAGGUCACCGACUUCAAGCAUCGGCCGCCCAGUAGCACAAACUUGUUCCGCGAUGGCGGCGGUUGUCUUUGGUCAUCUACUGAGUUGGCAGAAGAGCCAUCAACUCAUCAUAGAAAGGAACCAACCGUAAGAGAGUUCAGCUACCGAACAGAUAGUUCGGAGUUGAGAUGGAGACGAGAUCGCUACUGGAUGUCGAUGGUUGAGCCACCAAAAAGAAAGUGUCUCAACCCGUCUAUCCUCUUGACCCGGGUCCGUUCGGCAGAUGCGCACUACAUCUUGCAAGUUCCAAACCGUCUGAAACUCUGGACGACGGACGAGGGGAAGCAGGAGCGGGAACGUCUAAAAGAGGCUCGUAGGUCCGAAGCUCAAUCGCUCCAUCGGAUAUCGGACGGAAAGCUGCCCGGUUUUGCUCGCGUUGUCUAA